ACGUGACGUCAAGACGCCGUACGUGGUGGAAUGAAAGGAAACAAACAUUAGAGAUUACGGCUGUUUGUGGAAGAAGAGUGACAGCGGCUGCGGCGGCGCCGGGAGGGAAGACCGGGGGCUGCGGUCUGAGGCAAAGUUGUCAAGCAGCAAAUCAUGUCGGGAUCUUCUUCACAGAAGAAAGGAUCCUUACGGCAGCGAAAAUGUGGUUUCUGCAGGUCCAACAGGGAGAAGGAGUGUGGACAGUUAAUGGUUUCCAACAAUCAGAAGGUGGCAGCUCAUCACAGAUGCUUGCUGUUUUCAUCAGCACUGGUAUCUUCUCAGUCUGAAAGUGAAAACCUUGGUGGGUUCUCUAUAGAUGAUAUCCAGAAGGAACUAAGAAGGGGUAAAAAACUGAUGUGUACAAUGUGCCAUUGUCCUGGAGCAACUAUUGGUUGUGAAGUAAAGACAUGCCGCAAGACUUACCAUUAUCACUGCGCUUUGCAUGAUAAAGCCCAAAUACAGGAAAAACCAUCACAAGGAAUAUAUCUGAUUUAUUGCAGAAAACACAAGGACCAGCUGCAUAACUCAGAAGAUGAGUUAGAUUUGAGUCCAUCUCCUCGCCACCGUGGUAGAGGGAGAGCAUCCCGCGGAAAGUCAAGAACCACAAAUUCCAGAGGGCAGUCAGAGGAGAGCAAACUCCCAUCUUCACACUGUACAGAAGAGACAGAAAGCAGCUCCAGUAGAGACAGAUCACCCCACAGAAGCAGUCCAAGUGACACUAAACCAAAGUGCGGUUUCUGUCAUGCAGGAGAUGAGGAGAAUGAGACACGGGGCAAACUGCAUGCGUUUAAUACAAAAAAGGCUGCCGCUCACUACAAAUGUAUGCUUUUCUCUUCUGGUACAGUCCAGCUAACAACAACGUCUAGGGCUGAAGUUGGUGACUUUGAUAUCAAAACUGUGAUACAGGAAAUGAAGCGAGGCAAACGGAUGAAGUGUACAUUAUGUGGCCUACUAGGCGCUACGAUUGGAUGUGAAAUAAAGGCCUGUGUGAAGACUUAUCAUUAUCACUGUGGAGUAGAAGACAAGGCUAAAUACAUUGAAAACAUGUCACGAGGCAUUUACAAGCUAUAUUGUAAAAAUCACAGUGGCAAUGAUGAAAGAGACGAGGAAGAUGAAGAACGUGAGAGCAGGAGUAAAGGGAACACAACAGGUGGACAUGACAACACUCCACAGCAAGUCAAUGGAAACUGAAGGGGGGGAGGGUCCUGCGAACAAACCAUCCAUUUUUGAUGGGAGAAUUCUGGACGCUUUUAUCUACAGUUGUAGAAAGGACUGUGGGGGGGGGAAAUGGGGAAAGUUUUUUUUUUUUUUUUGUUUUUGUUUUUUGUUUUGUUUUUUCUACAUGAGAAAAGCUGCAUAUAUGGUUUAAGAUGACCUGGAUUCAUCAAUCUACACAAACUUGUUUUGGGGCUUUUCUUUUCCAUAUUCUAUUUCUCCACUCUAAUUUUUAUAUUUUAAUAGUUGCUUUUAAAUAGACAAUUCUUUUAAAAUUCUUGAGCCCAGAAAAAAAAAAAAUUGGUUGUUUUACUUUACACCACGUGGCAGGAUUCCUUUUGCUAACUCACAACAGGUAUUGCCAGUCUCCUAAACGUAUUUACCUGUGUGGGGUUCUUCCUUCCUUUUUAUUUUUUUCCCUACAUGAUUUCACAUUGUUGAAAUAAUUGUAAAAUGUAGGUAUUUGUUUGAGACGGUCAUUGAGUUUGGUUGCCCUUUAUUGUCUUGUACAGCAAUAUUGUACAUGUUUAUGACUACACAACUCUAAGAUCAUAUAUUGUGACAGAGCGUAGGGCUUUUCACUUUUUUUUUCUUGUUCUAGGAAGAAUAAAUCCUGAAAUAUUGUU